AGCCAUGGUCCUGUCCGUGGUGGGCAACAAGAGCGACCUGCAGCAGCUGCGCGCGGUGCAGGCGGCCGAGGCCGCGCACUUCGCCGAGAGCAUCGGCGCGCACUACGUCGAGACCUCCGCCUUGCACGACCAGCAAGGCAUCGACCAGGUGUUCCUGAGCACGGCGUCCGCGCUGCUGCAGCUGUCGCCGUCGCUGCCCUCGCUGCGCUCCUACGACUCCGAGGCCGAGGACCGAGUGCCUGCAGGUAUGCCUACAGAGGAGGACGCGACCCACACCGGGAAGGUGGAGCUGCCCGCCUGGAGCAUCGACAGCAUCGCGCACGGACAGGUGCAGAAGAGUUGCUGCUGACAGCAACCUGACAGCAAUGUGGAGAAGAGGAACUGCUACUGACAACAAUAGUAUAUGAUAACAGUAGAUGCUGACACAGAAGAUAACUUCAAAGACUUGUUCAAGUUACCAAGGUUACGGAUAAUACUAUGAAAUAUCUUGAUCUAGACAAUACAUCAUCAUCAUCCAUUGCUGCUUCUUGUGCCAAUUGCUACGGUCCUGUGCCAGCCUCAUCCAGAGUCGACCCGAGACCUUCACUAUAUCGUCUAAUCAUAUUGCUCCCGGACGAAUGACGCUUUUUCUUCCUCUAACACAAAAAAAAAUCAAUUUGAAGAUAAUGUUGACUGGUCAGAUGGUGCAGAGGUAUUAACCUUGGUUUAUAGAUAACCUAA